AUGCACAGUUAUUUCCAGGUUGGUCUUUCUUCUAGUGAUGACAACCGCUCUUCCAAGUCAUGGCUUCCUUCUUCUGAGACUCUUCCUUCCACCAACGGUAUCCAGCCGGGUGCACAUGCCACAGAUACACGGGAUGGUCAAGGCUCUGGGCAUAAUUCAUCUUCUGCGGGAUCGUUUGUCAUGAUGGAGCGCGACGAGGCUUCGGACAUGAAUGCCUCUUUAGAUUGCCCUGACAAGAAAUUUGAUACCCAAGAAAUUUCACAGGGGUCUCUGCCUCCUACGAAUCUGCCCACUCCCCCUUAUUCCUCCGCCUGUUCCCUUUUGCAGAAAGAGUCGGAGGAAGCUGAGUUGGCAUCUUUGACCCCCGAGAAGGGCAUGGGUUCUAUUUUCACUGCUUUGAAGAGCUAUCUCGCUCCGUGCACCGCCACCAAUCCACCUGAAUCUCAAGCACGUCGUCAUACCUCCCAUCCAGUCUCUAGCAUCUCCGACGACCCCGUCCUUGCCUCUCACUUCUCCAACCCUUCACUACCUGCUUCUGCAGAUUCCUUUAGUCCGCCGGAAGCCCCCCUACUUGAUCAUGAGAAACCACAUGUCUCCACCUCAUCUGAGAACCUCGCGAAGCUAACUGGAAAUUUGUCUGAUCUUUCUCAUCCAAAGAACACACCUCCGCUCACCCCUCGCGCCAUGUCCAACGAAACUGCUAAGAACCCGCCUGUUACAUCACCGUCCUCAUCAUCAUCAUCAGGGGCACACCCUUCCUCGGAGCAGCCACACCCCGAUAAGAUGGCCACGUCCGCCGACGAAAUUGCGGGCAAACUCAACGAUGCGUUUCCUUCCCCGUCAGAGACUCCGAAGGCAGAGCAACAAUCUGGCCCUUCUGUCGGCUCCCUUAAGGGAAAACUCUACGUCAAGAUUACUGAAGCCCGCGGUCUCAGGCCGGGCUUUGAUCCGUAUGUGGUAUGCGUGUUCGAGUGGAACGAGGUCAUCUCCAAGAGUGCCCAGGAUGAGGAAGAAGCCUCCAUCGAGCGCCGAGAGAAGGAAAAGGAGAAAUCCGAGCGCGAGGCGGGGCGGCCAAUGGCGAUUCCGAUGAAGAGCCGCCAGAGCAGCAACAACAGCGCAAUGGAGGGUCAUGAUUUCAGGGGCAAGUCGCCCGUCACGGAUCCGCAUUGGAACCACGAGGCCACUUUGUAUAACAGUGACGUCCUUGGAGAAGAGUCGGAGAUCGAUGUUUCGGUUUAUGAUCGCAACAAUCAGGAAGCGUUCCUUGGACACGUACGGCUGUCCCUGAACCUCAAAGAAGACCACAGUCGGUUGGAGGGCUGGUUCCCAUUGUCGGCGCGCGGAGCUGGCGAUUCUCAGAUCUCCGGCGAGAUUCACCUGGAGAUGCUCUUCGAGAAGACAGAGAAGAAGCAGGUGGGACCAAAUGACUUUCAGAUUCUGAAGCUCAUCGGCAAGGGGACGUUUGGACAGGUGUAUCAGGUCAUGAAGAAAGAUACGCACCGGAUCUACGCCAUGAAGGUUUUGUCGAAGAAGGUAAUCAUUCAGAAGAAAGAGGUCGCUCAUACGUUAGGCGAACGCAAUAUCCUGGUUCGGACAGCCAUGGCGGCUUCUCCCUUCAUUGUCGGCCUCAAAUUCUCUUUCCAAACACCCACCGAUCUGUAUCUCGUGACAGACUACAUGUCGGGUGGCGAACUGUUCUGGCACCUGCAAAAGGAAGGGCGCUUUCAGGAGGCGCGGGCCAAGUUUUACAUUGCCGAGUUGAUUCUAGCUCUCCAACACCUGCACGACCACGAUAUCGUUUAUCGUGACCUAAAGCCCGAAAACAUCCUGCUCGACGCUAAUGGACACAUCGCACUGUGCGACUUUGGUCUUUCCAAGGCCAAUCUGACGCAGAAUGAUACCACAAACACUUUCUGCGGAACCACUGAAUAUCUUGCUCCCGAGGUCUUGCUUGACGAGCAAGGGUACACGAAGAUGGUUGACUUUUGGUCGCUUGGUGUUCUGGUCUUCGAGAUGUGCUGCGGGUGGAGCCCAUUCUACGCGGAGGAUACCCAGCAAAUGUACAAGAACAUCGCGUUUGGCAAGGUCCGCUUCCCUCGGGACGCACUCAGCACAGAGGGUAGGAAUUUCGUCAAGGGCUUGCUGAACCGAAACCCCAAGCACCGCCUAGGCGCCAAGGGAGACGCGAAGGAGCUGAUGGCUCACCCAUUCUUCCAUGACAUCGACUGGGAGGCGCUCGCCCGCAAGGAUGUCAUCCCGCCUUUCAAGCCCAAGCUCAAGUCUGACACCGACACGUCCAACUUCGAUCCCGAGUUCACCAACGCUCUUGACAACAGUGCCUCGCUGAACGAUCGCGCCGCUGCGUUAGCUAAUGGAUUCAUGCCCGCCUCGACGCCACUGUCGCCAGGAAUGCAGGCCAAUUUUAAAGGCUUUACCUUUGUCAAUGAGAACUCGAUCGAUCACCACAUGAAGCACGACCCGAGCGACCACAUGGACGAGGAUCCGGAGACGUGGCAGCGGGCACACCACCGUGGCAACUCCGCCGACCAGCGCAUGAGUGGUAUUAACAAGAACAACGACGGCGGUGAGCCGGGCAUCUUUAACGUUGAUGAUAAUUUUGAUAUGUGA